AUGGUUUGGCCAAAAGUCUUCCAUCGAAAAGACAAAUUUGGGAAAGAGAUAGCCGUCAUUUUAAUGGACACCCAAGGCACUUUUGACCUCCACAGCGAAAUCGGAAAUGCGGCUGUGAUCUUUGCCAUCUCGUUAUUGAUGUCCUCAGUGCAGAUUUUCAACACAAAAAGCCAAAUCGAUGCUCAGGAUCUUGACGCGCUCAACACGUUCAUCACGUUUUGUCAAAGAGCUGACGGAAGAGUUGGACAGAACUUUCUGAUAAUGGUGAGAGAUGCGAUCCGAGCUGGACCCGACAACGAGUACAUUGAGGAGUUGAAAGCACAAUCCCAGCAAGCACCCAAAUUGAGAAUGUUACUCACCGGUGUUUUGGACUCAUUCGAGAAAGUUGAAUGUUUUAUGGUGCCCAGACCAGCUGAGCCGGUGAUUCGAGCGAGUGGCGAAGUGCCGGUGAAAGAUUGCGGCUCGGAUUUCCUCUCCGUUCUAUGCGAUUGUGCCAACCAUGUGCUCGAUAAUUUGGUUCCGAAAAACGUGAUGGGAACGAUUUUGACUGGUGAAACUCUGAAAGAACAUGUAGAGAGUCUUGUUAACCACGUCACACACAAUCACCACCAUGCAAUCGGCUCAGCGUACCUGGCUACUUCACAACUUUACUUUCAAAAAGCUCGAAUUACUGCUGAAAGCUUUUUCAACGAACAACAUGAACAGUUAAUCCGAGAAAACAGUCAUCACCCAAUCCAACCUGAACUCUAUGCAGAGAAAUUGAAGAGAAUCAGCGGCGAAGCUGUGAAGAUCUAUCUGGUCAGCCCAUUUUUCGGCACGGCUGAAGAGAAGCGAUCACGUUUCAACGAUUUCGAAAAGGGAUUGCAGGAUCGUUGCUUGGAAAAAACGGAAAAUAAUGAGAAUCGAUAUAGAGAUAUUCGAAUGGCUGAAGCGGUCAAUGGGAGUUAUUUGGUUUAUGAGCAGGGGAUGCGGCUAGGCAUCGAGGCUCUAGUCAAUCCCGCUGUUUCCGAAUUCUCUAAAGAGACACAAUUGGUGGAAACGAAACGAACGCUGCUUUCGAAUAUGAUCAAGGUCAAGUUCGAAGGUCUUACACGCGAAAACGGUGCCAGGAAUUUAGAGCGGAAAGGAAAGGAAAUUUUCGAGAAACUCCUUGAAGAGCAUAUUGGGAAUUUGAGAGAGUGCAUCUCCACUACAACAAGCGACGAACAGAUCUCAGUGAACUUGCAGAGAUGUGCGGAGAAGUUGCAAACUCGAUAUGAAACAAAAAGGCUAGAGUUGACUCUCGAAGUGAUGAACACACUGCCGACCGUCUCACCGCAAACAAUCUCCCAGAUUCUCGACAACAAUCGUCAGGCUUUCACAACACCGUUCAAGAAAUGUGAAGACGAUUUUGUUUCUGAAGUUCGUGGCAAAUUGAGAAUGGAACAAUUGAUGGAUAAAAUUGGAAAAAUGGAGCAACUUCGGGUCAAUGAGAAGCAACGAUUUGGAGCACGUCAAGCAGAAACUGAGGCUAAAUUCGAGCAAAUGAGAAGCGCUUUGGAAGAAGAGCAACGCCGACGGGCCAAAGCUGAGUCGAACAAAGAAAACAACGAGGCGAUGUUACUCUUAAUGAAUCAUAUGAAAGAGAGCGAUGUUCGACAACGAGAACAGUACGAUCAAGAACGACGAGAGCACGCUAUUCGAGAAGAGAGACGACACCAAGAAGCUCAAGAAAAAGUCGAUCGAGUGUGGCAACAAAGGGUUUAUGAAGAAAACGAGCAGAGACGCGAAUAUCAAGAGCGAUUGGAUCAAAUGGAAAGAGAGCAAAGAGAGCGCCAACUUUGGAAUGAGCGACAACAGCAGACACAAGACCAACAACGACGCGUCCUCGAGAAUCAGCCUACUCAUGAGGAUCCCGAGCCAAACGGGGCUCGCCCCAUUUCUCAAGUUGUCUACUUUGGAUAUAGAAUCUUGCAUUCGUUGGGAUUU